GGCAUAAACCCACUGCACUUUUUCACGUUCCUCUGCGUUCAAAUCGUAAGAAUACUACAUUUCCGACAGCACGUGAACGCAGCACCCACCAAAGCUGCGUUUGACGCUUCCAGCUCGAGAGAGAAGCUAACGUUCAGCAUGUCUGAGAAGGAGUUGGGGAGAAAGUGGGACCGAUGCUUGGCAGACGGUGCCAUUAAAAUCGGCACUGGGCUGGGGCUAGGAGUCGUGUUGUCUGUUCUGUUCUUCAAACGGCACAGUUGGCCGAUUUCAUUGAGCUCGGCAGCGGGACUUGGCAUGGCGUAUGCUAACUGUCAGAAUGACCUGAGGUCCUCGUAUCUGCUGCACAGGAGCGAAAAGGAGCAGUAGCUGCAAGUCAUCGAGGGGACUGUCGUUUUUUUGUUCUUUUGACUUUUUGUUUUGCCUGUGGGAGAGUCGCCAUUUGCACUGUUCUACAGCUAGAUCCCUGUUGAACGAUCCAUCCUAGUAUGACUCUGUAUGAUUGUAUGUGCCUGAUCAGGACAGUCUGUGUGUAUAUAUAAUAAAAUGAUCACAACCACAAAAAAGUGA